AAUCCGGGCGGCUGAACCCGGCGAACAGACUCAGGAACGACACACACACAAACCUAAGGAGACAUACAGACACCCAGCUGAGGAUAUCCAGCAGGACCAAGACAUACUUUGGGGAAUAUAAUAUUUCAUUUCAGCGCUCGUGUAAAUCUCCCAAUCCUUCCUGGCCGGGUUCACUGACAUCUGUGUGGAUACCAGCAGUUCGUCUGACCCACCGCUUGAACAGGAGGAGGUUCAGCGAUGAAUAAGCUACGGCAGAGUUUCCGGCGAAAGAAAGACGUUUAUGUGCCGGAGUCCAGUCGACCGCACCAGUGGCAGACCGAUGAAGAGGCCGUACGCGGAGGCAAAUGCAGCUUCGCCGUCAAGUAUCUGGGGCACGUGGAGGUCGAGGAGUCCCGUGGCAUGCACAUAUGUGAAGAAGCUGUGAAGAAGCUGAAGACGGACAGAAAGGUCUUCAAGGGCUUCUUUAAAAAAGCGGGUAAGAAGGCUGUUCGAGCGGUGCUCUGGGUCUCUGCUGAUGGGCUGAGGGUUGUAGACGACAAGACAAAGGAUCUCAUUCUUGACCAGACGAUAGAGAAGGUUUCUUUCUGCGCGCCGGAUCGUAACUUUGAGCACGCUUUCUCCUACAUCUGCCGAGACGGGACCACGCGCCGCUGGAUCUGCCACUGCUUCAUGGCCAUCAAAGACUCGGGCGAGCGUUUGAGUCAUGCUGUGGGCUGCGCGUUUGCCGCCUGUCUGGAGCGCAAGCAGAAGCGGGAGAAAGAGUGUGGCGUCACGGCCACUUUCGAUGCCAACCGCACCACGUUCACACGGGAGGGAUCCUUCCGCGUCACCACGGCAACAGAGCAGGCGGAACGGGAGGAGGUCAUGAGGCAGCUGCAGGACAACAAGAAAGACUCAGAUGUAGUGUUAAGCAGCUCCUCCGGCGGCUCCUGUAACCCAGUGGUGGUGACUCUGGCGGGCCCCAAUGGCUCCUCAUCUCCUCCUCUGCCCAUGGCUCCACUGGGCCUGCAGGACGGCAAUCCUCACGUCAUCCCGCGCCGGCACGCUCCGGUGGAGGCUCUUGCUCGCCAGGGCUCCUUCAGGGGCUUCCCGGCGCUCAGCCAGAAGACAUCGCCCUUUAAACGGCAGAUGUCGCUGCGCAUGAACGAGCUGCCCUCCACCAUGCAGCGCAAGUCUGACUUCCCCAUCAAAAACACUGUGCCGGAGGUGGAGGGUGAGACGGACAGCAUCAGCUCUCUGUGCACUCAGAUCACGUCCACCUUCAGCGGGCCUCCAGAAGACCCCUUCUCCUCUGCACCCAUGCCCAAACCAGCCUCCUCACCACAGUCACCCGCGGCUCCAGUUAAUGGUGCAGUUCCUGCCUUCCCUCCGCCUAGCGUCACUGUAACCGCUGCAGCUAACUCACCUGUGCUGCCGCCACCGCCGUUGCCCGUCCGCGAGACUAACCCCUGGGCUAAAGCCCCAAACACAGCCCCGGCACACGCAGCACACACAGGGAGCGAGUGGCCGAACCCUGCCCCCAGUAUAGGAGCUGUACCUGCAGUGAGUGCGACUCUCUCUACACCCGCCUCUGCUCACAAGCGCACCCCAUCAGAAGCCGACCGCUGGCUGGAGGAGGUCACCAAAUCUGUCCGAGCCCACCAACCUGCUCCCACCGCCAGGACCAGCACACCUCCUGCUCAGCAGCCCUUCCCUGCCCCGGUGCCUGUCCCAAUGCCCCCAUCUGCACCCUUCAUGCCCCCAAUUCCUCCAUCUGCAGUCCCGUCUGUACCUCCACGCCAGCCGGCUUUCCAUGCACAAGCGCCCGCAUCAUUCCCAGUGUCCAACGGGAUUCCUUACGCACAACCUACGUUUCCAGUAGUGGGCAUCACACCUUCUCAGAUGGUGGCCAAUGUGUUUGGAUCUGCCACACAAACUCAGCCCAUAUCAGUGCCGGUUCCUGUGGCCCAAACGCAGCUUCAGGCUUCACCCUUCUCCACCCCACCCGCCACCCAGUUCGAGCCCCAGCCCGUGUGCAGUCCGUUCGGUAAACCUCUGCUACCUCCGGUGCCCAAUACUGUGGUUCUCCAGCCACCACCCAAACCCAGUGCAGCCUUCAAUGGGGCAAACAGCUGGGCAGCGGCAUCCUCUGCUGGACAGGCCGGGGCAAAUCCACCGCAAGCUGAUGCCUUUGAGGCACAGUGGGCUGCACUGGAGAGCCGGUCGCAGCAGCGCACCGCUCCAUCACCCACAAACCCCUUCUCCAGCGAGCUCCACAAAACAUUCGAGAUCCAGCUAUAAGGACAACAAGCAAAAGACUUUGAAGGACAAUGAGAUUCAAUGGUGAGCCAACCAUACAGGGAACGACUCCUCAAGACCACUUCAGAUCCACAUCUCCAUCUUUCGUCUUUUUGGCAGUUCAUCCAUGUUUGGUUUAUGCUUAAUAUAUGAACUAAUGGAGUCACAGAUGGGGUUGAUGAAGGUAAGACACCCCUUAUCCCCCCACCCCCCGCAAGCUCCACAAAGCAUUCGAGAUCCAACUAUAAGGACAACAAACAACAGACUUUUAAGGACAAUGUGAUUCAACGGCGAGCCAACCAUACAGGGAACGACUCCGCAAAACCACUUCAGAUCCACAUCUCCAGCUUUCAGUUCUUAGUUUGUCCGUAUUUGGUUUUUGUUUGUGAUAUGAACUAACGAAGGCUCAGACGGGGGUUGAUGAAGCUCCACAAAAUAUUCAAGAUCCACCUACAAGCGACUUUGAAGAACAAUGAGAUUUCAUAGCAAGCCAACCACACAGGGAACGACUCCUCAAAACCACUUCAGAUCCACAUCUCCAGCUUUCAUUUGUUCUUAGUUUGUCCGUAUUUGGUUUUUGUUUGUUAUAUGAACUAACGAAGGCACAGACGGGGUUGAUGAAGCUCCACAAAAUAUUCAAGAUCCACCUACAAGCGACGACCAAGCCAACCAUACAGGAAACGACUCCUCAAAACCACUUCAGAUGCACAUCCCCAUCUUUCGUUUUUUGUUAGUUCGUCCAUAUUUGUUUGUUUCGCUUGCGAUAUGAACUAAUGGAGACACAGAUGGGGGUUGAUGAAGCGACUUUAAAGGACAAUUCGAUUUAAUGGCGAGCCAGCCAUACAGGGAACGACUCCGCAAAACCACUUUAGAUCCAUAUCUCCAUCUAUUCCCGAGAGCUUAACAUGCCGAGAUUUAAGAAAACACAUGCAGUUGCAGAAAACGCCAGCAAAUUAAGAAAAGAUCCUCGUCAGUUUGACAACAAAUCAACGCAAACACACACACACAAAAAACGUUUCUCACAACGCAAACAAAUCAAGAAAAUACACAUGCAAAUAGCACAACUAAACACAACUGAAAUGUGUCAACGGGACACUAAAAAUGACGGACCCGGCUGGGAUUUGCUUAUUGUGCCGUGACUGUUGCUCGGUUGUACGUGAUCUUGGAAAGGUAAGGUGAGUUAUUUUUGUUUAUUUUAACGUAGUAUAUUAUUAGCCUAAAUAACCACAACGUAAAAAGCCGGGUCCAUCAUGUUGUGGCUCCGCUUGAAACAUUUGUUUGCAUGUGUUGUGAGAAAAUGCAGCGCGUUUUAUUAAUUUUAAUAAUGUGUUGUAAGGAUUCGCAACAUGUAUGCUGUCAAACUGACGAGGAUCUUUUCUUAAUAGGUUGGCGUUUUGUAAUUGCAUGUGUUUUCUUAAAUUGCAGCUCUCUCAGCCACUGUAAUCUUUCGUUUUUUUGUUAGUUUGUCUGUAUUUGGAUUUUUGCUUGUGAUAUGAACUAAUGGAGACAUGGACGGGGUUGAUGAAGGUGCCCCCCCGCCAACCACCCCUCGGAAAAAAAACGCAACAAAUACAACUACUUUUGUCUGAGAUGAAUUGGAGAUGAUGGUGAAUCGAUUCUAUAGAUGCUCCUCAUAUUGUUGAGGACUAACCCGACUCACGGCGCCCCUAGCAGGCUGGAUGACUGCUGGCUACCUGAAGGACGAGCCAUCUCGCGGACGAAGAGGAAGAAGCAAGAGAAUGCCAAAAUCUUUAUUUUUAUGCAUUAAGUAUAUUUUAAAUAGCUUUGAAAUUUAACUGAAGAGCUGUAAAUAAUCUUUCCAAAGGUGCAGGCUUAUUUUGUGUGCAUACUGGAAAAGAGCAAAUCUAUAUAUAUAUAUAUAUAUAUAUAUGAGCGUGAAGGGACGGUUUUCAUUUCUCGUCUCUUUCGUCAUUUGGUUAAAGUCUUCUGGCCACCAUGCAUAGUUUGGAUGUUUGUUUUUUUGUAAAUAGAUAAUCAGAAUGGACUGGGUUUUGGAGGAUCUGUAAAUCGCACAGGUCCCAGACGAUGCUAUCUGUCUGUCAUGCUGUCGUUUUAACCUUUUUUUUUUUGUACUAUAGUAUCAGUCCUUUGAUUUUUAUUGCCUACAUAUCAUCAUUAUUUUUUAGCAAAUUUUUUAAUUAAUUUUUUAACACUAUUGACAGCGUCACCUUCCAAGCCACUUUGUUUUAAUUUGAUGAGAAAUUUUACAUUAAUUUUAGCACAAGCACUGUACUAAUCCGUCAUCUACGAUUGACAUGACAUCAGUCUCGGGAGAAACUGUGGUUCCAGCUCCAAAAAUGAUUGCAGUCAAUUUUUAUUUUAUCUGCUUUUCAUACAAUUCCACGAACCCUAUUGUUUUUAUCAGAUGUGAAGAUGAUCAGUCCCGUUUUUAGGUUUUGAUUCCAUUUUGUAAGUAUUGCAUUGUAUUAUUCCAGUUCUUUAUGGAAAAUCUAAUCUAAGAGAUCAAAUAAAAUGUUGGUGGGUCGAGGAAAGCA